AUGGCCGACACAAUACCGGACGACGCGCCUUCUGAUUCACAGGUUUCUGCUCCUGUGCCAUCGUCGGAACCGGACCCUGUUGAAGUAGAGGUUCCGGCUCCGGAGCCAUCCUCAGAAACAGCGCAUACUGAAGCAGAGGUUCCGGCAGCGGAGCCGUCCAUUGAAGCAGAGCCAUCAGCAGAAACAGCGCCUGUUGACGCAGAGGUUCCGGGUCCGGAGCCACCAUCAGAAACAGCGCCUACUGAAGCAGAGGUUCCGGCGGCGGAGCCGUCCAUUGAAGCAGAGCCAUCAGCAGAAACGGCGCCUGUUGAAGCAGAGGUUCCGGCUCCGGAGCCAUCGUCGGAAGCGGUGCCUGCAGAAGCGGAGGUUUCGGUGCCAGCGGCACAAAUCGAGUCUGCUGAAGCUGGCAUUGCGCAGACAGUGUCGUCGACGUCCUCUGCGACAGUGAAAAAAACGGAGGAUGGCAAGUGGAAAGUCGAUACGGGGUACAUUGACCACAGGACCAAGGACCCAAAUCGCCUGGAGGGCAGGCGCUCGGUGCCGGAACCGGAGGCACUUGCGGCACUGGUGACCUCUGCCUCGGCCGCCUCGGCCGCCUCGGCCAGCGUGCGAAAGGAUGGAGGGACUUGGAAGGUCGACACGUCUUACAUCGGCUACCGCACGGGCGACACUGGGAACCUGACAAGAAAAGAGGCAGCCGAACCGGAAGCUGCGUAUGCCGACCCGACCCAGAAGAAGUACUCCCACGAGGAGUUGCGGGUCAGCAGCGGCCGGCCACAGGACGUCGACCCGGCCAAGAGGGAGCUCUACCUCUCAGAAGCAGACUUCCAGGUGGUCUUCGGCAUGCCCAUGGCCGACUUCCUGAAGCAGCCGAAGUGGAAGCAGCAGAAUGCGAAGAAGUCGAAAGACCUCUUUUGA